AUGCCUCGCCACGUGAAGCCUGGGUCGUCGGCCAUCGAGAUUGAGAUCAUCUCUCAAUUUUCGCAGUUCUGGCAGUAUUUGAUAAUGGAGGAGACUAUUGCCGCCGAGACAUACAACUUUCUUCUACGACUUCCUGCCGAUGGCCAACUGAUGCUGAGCUUGAGUGCAGAUGAUGUCAAGUAUGAGAAUUAUUUUGUCCCUGAUCAACCCUACAGACUGCUCUACACUAUUUUUGCCCUGAUGGAAUGCGUUAAACAUGCACAAUCUCGACGAACUAUGGUGUCCGCCCGGUCAUCACCGACUGUCGCGGCUGAAACCGCAGAGCCCUGCGUCCAAAUGGUCAACAGGGCUUUACAGCUACUUGCACGAUGUCUGGACGACGUGAUGACUACCCAAAUAUCUGGCAGGGUGAACGUACUGGUGAUAUCAACCCUGAUAGAGCAGUUUCUGUGCCUUCUUGACGUUGCAACAGAGCAUACUGCUCCUUACCAAGGACUCCCAAUGCCGUCUCCAUGUCGAAUACUGUCAAUACUAGACGACGCUACAAGCUCUUCAGAACAAGAGCUCAUUCCACUCAGUGUUAAAUGCCUGUCUUUGGUCCUGCGCCUUGGAUUGAUCGAUGAGCAAUUCUGGCUGGCGGUCGUUGAUGGUCCAUUACUAGCAACACAUAUGCGUCGGAUGUGUGUCAUGUCCAGCCAAAUGCAAGUACGAGAACAUUGCAUUUCCAUGAUCGAAGAGAUUAUUAUGAAAGAGAGUGAGAUGGCGGUUGGGAAUGGCCGUAUUGUGAAGUACUCCUGGAAUUGGGCGCUAGAGGCGUUGGCGACUAUCCCGGAUAUGGGAGAGAACUGUCGAGAGCUUAUGAUAUUGCUGUGCGGUCUUGUUGUCAAGAUGCAUUUGGAAUACCCCGAAAGCACGGAUCUUGCCUCUUUGGUUCAGCAGUUGACCAAGUAUCUGGUAGCACAUACAUGCACUGAGGAAAUUUCUCAGGUUGCGCCGUGCGACGUGGUUACCGAGGGACUGGUUACUAUCCUGCAUCGCUGUAUUCAAUUCGACGGGGCUCUUGCUCAGUAUAUUCCAAGCGAUUCUAUUGCCCUGUUGAUGAAAGUGCAUCUCUUCCCGCAACAGCAGGACGGAACAAGCGAGACCUUGCCUAGAAUCAUUCUUAAUUCUGCAAUCAGAGCUCAGCUGUACGAAUGCGUAUUCGUCUACAUAAGGGCCAACAAUGACAGGCUGCUGGAAAUGAUGCAGUUUCUGGGAGGCUUGGUUCCCUUCAAUGCUGCCGGUGAACCGUACAAAUAUGACCUUCCGUUCCAAUUCGAACAAGAGAAGGCCCUGCGAUCUCCUGCCGGCUACGUUGGCUUGCAAAAUCUCUCUAAUACUUGCUAUCUGAACUCGCUCAUCACACAGUUGUACAUGAAUCCUGGCUUUCGGAGUUACCUGAUGUCCUUUGAUGUGGAAGAAGGCGACGACUCCAGGGCACUCUUGCGUGAGACUCAGCGACUCUUCUUGCAUCUUCAAGAGAGCAUUAGUCGAUCGGUGGAGCCAGUUCAAUUUGUUGGCGCAAUCAAAACAUAUGAUCAGGGGCCGAUCGACAUCAACAGCCAGAUGGAUGUUGAUGAGUUUUACAACCUUCUCUUUGACAGAUGGGAGGCACAACUUCCGGAUGCCACGGCAAGGACAGGGUUUCGGUCAAUUUACGGCGGUCAACUUGUGCAACAGAUCAAAUCGAAAGAAUGUGGCCACAUAUCGGAGAGACUGGAACCGUUCUCGGCUAUUCAGUGCGACAUAAAGGGGAAAUCGACACUGGAAGAUAGCCUGCAAGCAUAUGUGGGCGGAGAGAUCAUGGAUGGCGACAACAAAUACAAGUGUUCCUCAUGUGACCGGCAUGUCGAUGCUGUGAAAAGGACUUGUUUGAAGGACACACCGGACAAUGUCAUCUUCCAUCUCAAGCGAUUCGAUUUCGACCUGCACACGCUGCAACGAAGCAAGAUUGAUGACUACUUUGCCUUCCCCGAUAUGAUAGACCUGCAACCGUACAAAGUUGAGCACCUCAGUGGACCGGCGCCUGAUGACAAGCCAGAUAUGUUCGAACUGGUUGGUGUACUUGUACAUGCAGGCACCGCAGAAUCCGGCCACUACUACUCCUACGUGCGUGAACGCUCGGCAAACCAGGAGACAACCGCAAAGUGGAUAGAGUUCAACGACGACCAGGUGGGAAUAUGGGAUCACGCAUCCAUGGAAGCGUCAACCUUUGGAGGCCUGGAGCGGCGUUCAGGGUACGAAGAUAACAGCAUGCCAUUCAACAAGAGCUACAGCGCCUAUAUGCUUUUUUAUCAGCGGAUGUGUGCACCAAGACCAGCCGCUGAGACACAGCCGGCAUCAGAGGUUGGCAUGUGCUCAGACACGACGAAGAGCGAGACUUUGAAAGAGCAUAUUCACAGUGAAAACGUCCUACUCCUGCAGCGUCACUGCUUGUUCGACCCAAACCAUGGCAAGUUUGUUCAAGCCUGUGUCAGCGAAUGCCUCCAGCUUCAAGUGACCCCCCAGACCGGGUUGGAGCUGGAUGGGCAACCACUAGACGAACCACAGGCACCAAAGGCCUGUCAGCUGGCUGUGAGAACUGCUCUGAACUAUCUGGACCAGAUAUUCAGUCGCAACAAAGAUUACGGAUUCGCCGUCAUAUUUUGCGACAUGCUGACCGAGGCAGCCCAGAGACAGCAAGGCUGCGCAAGACAAGUGCUCACGUAUUUCCAACGUCGUCCAGCUGUGCUGCGCUCCCUCUUGUUACGAAACCCGGAGCGAGGUGUGCGUAUCGCUACGGGUCAGCUGUUUGUAAGUUGCUUGGGGACACUUUCCAGGCGCUGCCCGCAGCUAUUCUAUUCUCGGACCGACGCGGCGAUAUUGCUCAGUGAUGAUGAAGACGAAGAGAUGGACUUUGAGGACGCGGAAGAUGACAUGGUCUUGUCGCGCGCCGUUGAGCCACUCAAUCAGCUUUGGCAGUACUUCCAGAACCACAUUCGAGCAUGGGAUGAGUACUUCCACACAAUUCUUGACGUGGCCAAGCUUGGGAGGCAAGAGUGUGGUGAAAUAUUGGCUGCUGGAUUUUUGGAAAAGUGUUUCAAAAUCAUCACAGCGGAUCGCUCUAUGGAGCUUGAGGCGAACUUUGUCAGGAUGCUGCACAAUCUGUACAGACGGUUCAGCACGCAGCCACCGUCUUACGCGGCUAUCCUGGAACUCACAGACUAUCUCAUGGACCAGCUCGAACCAGAAAUCAGCCCUGAGACGAUUGUGGAAACGGAGGAUGAACGACUGGCGUAUACCAGUGAAUAUCUUCCAUGGACAUCAAGAGAAAUCACCUUCUUCUUGAACCACCCUGAUGAAGAGGGCUCUAGCCUGUUUAUGGCACGCUUGCUGCAGAUCAACCAAGCGCCAGAAGCUACGCAGCGGAUCCUAGAGAGAAUAUUGCGGGCAGGUGAACUACCCACAGGAAAGCUUUUGCACCUGCUCGAGAACACUAUUCGAGCUUCGUCGACGGAACCAUUAGAUGCGUACAUCCGAGCUGCCACAGUUGUCGUUGAAAAUUGCAGUCGUUUGAGCGCUGCCCAGCGGUUGGUCCAGCACAUAAGCAAUCAGGCAGCAAGCUUCGAGAGAGGCGAAGGGGAGGCAUUUCUUGGACUGAUACAGCGGGCAAUUGACAGCGACCGGGCGAACGAGGAAGAGCGUUCUCAGAUACGGCUCUCAACGCUGCUAACGAUGCCGCGGUGGGCGCCAGCUUUGCUCCAAUAUCCAGAUGUUCAGGUACGAAACGGGGCGGAGAAUUUCGUGGACAUGGCAUUGCGGUUGCCACUGGACAGCGGGUCUCAGAGCACUGGGCUUGCGGAACUAUCCUCAGACCUUGGGCUGGCAAUUGGAAGGAAGUGCCUCCAGUACUUCCAAGACGCUCACGUGAAGCGCAGAGUAUCUAUUGAAAGAGAACUCGCCGCGGUGCUGAUUCGAGUACUGGGAAAUUGCAGCCUGGUUGUGUCAGAGAGCGAAACAUUGGACGAGGACACCAAAGAAGCUUUUGGUGCGCAGUACCGAGCAAUUCUUGAGGAAAUGACUGCACUCGAGGUUGACCGAGUGGCGGAAGACGGAUCUGACUGGGAAGGAUCGGCGCUUUCAUCCGAGCCCAUGGAAGAUGCCGAAGGGGAAGUGGUAACCACGCUGAUGGGAAAUGGAUACGUAUGA